UUUUAUCUGAUUCUUCUCCACAAAUGCUUCCUCCUCCUGUUUCGCUCCACAGUGAAGCACCACCAUUAUCACUACUACCUUUUCGUCCUCAUUCUUUCACCAACGAGCUAUUUCUAGUGCCUGCAUGGCGUGGCGUUUUCAAAAACAAGGACAUAGGAAUGGUGGUUCGUGCGGUGAAGGAGGAGGAGGGGUCACAGCAGUUUGAAGUUGACCCGGAGAAGGCCAGAGAGGCCCUUAGAAAUCUUGAUCAGCAGUUCCAGUCUCGAACCCAGAAACAAGUUCGCUCUCGACCCAAGAAAGAAGCCGCUCCCUCUGUGAAUUUUACAAGAAAUCAAACAAAAGAAGCAGCGGAGAAAUUUUCAGGAGAAUUUUUUACAUACACAGCUGUUGCUCUCCUUGCUUUCACAAUUUUCUAUAAUGUGUUCUUUUACACUGUUGUAAAGCCAUCCGUUGAUGGAUUUUCAGAGGAUGUGCCGACCACAAGUGUUGAGAGAGAAAUCCCAAACUAGCAGUUCUGUGCUGUACCGAUAUAAUGGUCAGCGCUAGUGAUGAGGUAAUCCUUUCCAGUGAAGCUUGUAAACAACUUCUGUUAUGAGUUUCUUUGAGAAUCCACACAGAAGAUAAAGAAGAGUUAAUGUAAUCAUGUUAAUACUGUGAAUUUGCAAAAUUGAUUAGAAAGGGAAAUAAGUCUGAAACC